UUGCUGUCAACGCGCAUUGCGGAGACUCCACUGCGCAUGCUCAAACAUUUGGGUUGCUUAUAAAACUGAAACAGGUUCUGAAUCCGCCACAACAGCUACCUUGCUUAAUCCACAGCUGUCCGGGCGGGCAGAGCCAAAGAGAAUUUCGUUGGCCCGCAUCUUUCAAAAUGAAGUGUUUCGUCCCUCUCGCGUGUCUUUUGGUGGUGGCCGCAGGAUACGCAGUAAAGAAACCACCGUGUGACAAAAGGCCAUACAAAGGGGACAGAAGGAAGUUUGAACAGUUCAUUCCUGGGGUAGGAUGGAAAGCCAUGUGGUGUGCCGUCGGCACAGCUUACAAUCAAGCUACGUGCGACUGUUCCAUCACCAUUCCUAAAGAUGACCGUGUCAAACCUGGCUAUGGCUGGAAGUCCAAAGGCUAUGGCAAAAAGGGUUAUGAUAAUGGUUAUAAUGGUUAUGAUAAUGGUUAUAAUAAUGGUUAUGAUAAUGGCAAUGGCAAAGGCAAAGGCAAAGGCAAUGGCAAUGGCAAUGGUUAUGAUAAUGGUUAUGAUAAUGGCAAUGGCAAUGGCAAUGGUUAUUAUAAUGGCAAUGGCAAUGGCAAUGGAAAUGGUUAUGAUAAUGGUUAUGAUAAUGGCAAUGGCAAUGGCAAUGGAAAUGGAAAUGGAAAUGGCAAUGGCAAUGGCAAUGGCAAUGGCAAUGGAAAUGGAAAUGGCAACGAUGAUAGCUGGCUGUACGGUGGCGGCCGUCCAGAGCCUUACCCAGAGGCUCCCUUCCCAGAAGGCUUCCCCAUCGGAGUCGUUGGCGGACCUCUACCGGGUCUCCUGAACUUCCUCUCUGGAGGUGGUGGAGGAGGUGGUGGCUCAGGAGGCGCUGGCGAUUGGGGUGAUGAUGAUGAUGAUGACGACGACGACGAUGAUGAUGAUGAUGAUGACGAGUUUGAUAAUGAUGACGAUGAUGACGAUGAUGACGAUGAUGAUGACGAUGAUGACGAUGAUGAUGAUGAUGAUGACGAUGAUGAUGAUGACUAUGACGAUGACGACGAUGACGAUGGAGCCAUCCUCAACCUUCUUUCAACUGUUGUCAGCCUCCUCACUAGCGUGCUCUCCGGUGGUGCUGGUGCUGGUGGUGCUGGUGGCGGAAGCGGCGCAGGAAACGGCGGCGGCUUUGGCGGCGGAAACGGUGGCGGAAACGGUGGUGGAAACGGUGGCGGAAACGGUGGCGGAAACGGUGGCGGCUUUGGCGGCGGCUUUGGCGGUGGAAACGGUGGCGGCUUUGGCGGUUUGGGAUUUGGAUCAGCAAGUGCAAACGCAAGAGCUAAUGCAGCUGCCAGUGCCCGUGGUGGUGGAUUUGGUGGGUUUGGUGGGUUUGGAUCCUCCUCUGCUUCGGCUUCUGCUGAUGCCUCAGCAUCUGCCAACAUCGCCGCCCUUCUAGGUCAAUUUGCUCAAGCCUCUGCUCGUGCUAGUGCUAGUGCUGCUGCAAACGCCGGUUCUGGUUUCUCCGGCGGUUUCAAUUUCGGCUCUGCUAGCGCCUCUGCUGAUGCAUCUGCUUCUGCUCGAGCCGGAUCGUUUGGCUCUGGAGGAUUUGGAUAUGAUGACGACUGCGGUGACGAUAAUGGCAAUGGCAACGGCAACGGCAAUGGCUACGUCAACGGCAACGGCAACGGCAACGGCAACGGCAACGGCAAUGGCAAUGGUAAUGGCAAUGGCAAUGGCAAUGGCAACGGUAAUGGCAAUGGCAAUGGCAAUGGCAACGGUAAUGGCAAUGGCAAUGGCAAUGGCAAUGGCAAUGGCAAUGGCAGAGGCAGAGGCAACGGCAACGGUAACGGCAAUGGUAAUGGAAAUGGUGAUGACUGGGAUGAUGAUGACUGGAACGAUGACAAUGGUGACGAUGAUUUUGAUGACGAUAAUGAUGAUUUCUGGGAUGACUGGGAUGAUGAUGAUCGUUGGGGAAAUGACGAUAACGAUGAUUGGGAUGAUGAUGAUCGUUGGGGAGACGACGAUAACGAUGACUGGGAUGACGAUGAUCUUUGGGGAGACGACGAUAACGAUGAUUGGGAUGACGAUGAUCGUUGGGAUGAUGAUCGUUGGGAUGAUGAUCGUUGGGAUGAUGAUCGUUGGGGAGACGACGACAACGAUGAUAAUGAUGACUGGGAUGAUGAUGAUCGUUGGGAAGACAACGGCGACAACGGCGACAACGGCGACAACGGCGACAACGGUGAUAAUGGUGAUGAUGAUAAUGGCAACGGCGCAUACGCAUUCCUCAGGAGAGCUCUUGCCAGAGCAAGUGCUAGAGCAAGAGCUUCUGCAAGUGCAGCAGGAAGGGGAGGAUCAGGCCGAUCAGGUGGAUCAGGCCGAUCAGGUGGAUCAGGCGGCUCAGGUGGCUCAGGUGGCUCAGGCGGCUCAGCAAGGGCAAGAGCUUUUGCUAGUGCUAGUGCAAGGGCCUCCUCAAGCAGCGGGGGCAGAGGGGGAUAUUACGGAAAGAAACGCAGCUACACCUCUUAUUAAGAACAUAGAACAUUUAAUUCCAAAUGAGGAUCCAAGCGGGUAGACUGGUUGUCAAGGAAUGACUGUUCGUAUGGUGGUUCACUUUGGUUCCUCGCAGGCUGUGGAAUGCUGACAUCAUUUUCCAUUUCUUGUGAAAUAAAACAACUGUGUAUAUUCUGUCAUAGUGACUGUACGCUGAAACCAAAAAAAAUAAACUUUUUGUCUAUA